CUUCUCUACCUUUACUUACAGAUGUCUAAAGCUCCCGCUGUUGGUAUUGAUUUGGGUACAACCUACUCCUGUGUAGGUGUAUUCCAACAUGGCAAAGUUGAAAUUAUUGCCAACGAUCAAGGUAAUCGUACCACACCAUCCUAUGUUGCCUUUACCGAUACUGAACGUCUUAUUGGAGACGCUGCCAAAAAUCAAGUCGCUAUGAAUCCCACAAAUACCAUCUUUGAUGCUAAGCGUUUGAUUGGUCGCAAAUUUGAUGAUGCCGCCGUUCAAUCCGAUAUGAAACAUUGGCCCUUCGAUGUCGUCAAUGUAGACAGUAAACCAAAAAUCCAAGUUGUCUACAAGGACGAAAAGAAGACCUUCUUCCCCGAAGAAAUCUCUUCGAUGGUUUUGUCCAAAAUGAAGGAAACCGCCGAAGCCUAUUUGGGUAAGGCCGUUACCAAUGCUGUCAUCACUGUACCAGCCUACUUCAACGAUUCCCAGCGUCAAGCUACCAAGGAUGCUGGUACCAUUGCUGGUUUGAACGUUUUGCGUAUCAUCAAUGAACCCACAGCUGCCGCCAUUGCCUACGGUUUGGACAAGAAGGCCGUUGGCGAACGUAAUGUGUUGAUUUUCGAUUUGGGCGGUGGUACUUUUGAUGUAUCCAUUCUCUCCAUUGAUGACGGCAUCUUCGAGGUCAAGUCCACUGCUGGUGACACCCAUUUGGGUGGUGAAGAUUUCGACAAUCGCCUAGUCACCCACUUUGUUCAGGAAUUCAAGCGCAAGCACAAGAAGGAUCUGUCCACCAACAAGCGUGCCCUGCGUCGUCUCCGCACCGCUUGCGAACGUGCAAAGCGUACUCUGUCCUCCUCCACCCAGGCCAGUAUUGAAAUCGACUCCUUGUUCGAAGGUACCGAUUUCUAUACCUCCAUCACCCGUGCCCGUUUUGAGGAAUUGAACGCUGAUUUGUUCCGCAGCACCAUGGAUCCCGUUGAGAAGGCUUUGCGCGAUGCCAAGCUCGACAAGUCACAAAUCCACGAUAUUGUGUUGGUUGGUGGUUCCACCCGUAUCCCCAAGGUACAAAAGUUGUUGCAAGAUUUCUUCAACGGCAAGGAAUUGAACAAGUCUAUCAAUCCCGAUGAAGCCGUCGCCUACGGUGCUGCCGUCCAGGCCGCUAUCUUGCACGGCGACAAGUCCCAAGAAGUCCAAGACUUGUUGUUGCUCGACGUUACCCCCUUGUCCUUGGGUAUCGAAACCGCUGGCGGUGUCAUGAGCGUUCUCAUCAAGCGUAACACCACCAUCCCCACCAAGCAGACCCAGACCUUCACCACCUACUCCGACAACCAACCCGGUGUAUUGAUCCAGGUCUAUGAAGGUGAACGUGCCAUGACCAAGGACAACAACUUGUUGGGCAAAUUCGAAUUGUCCGGCAUUCCCCCAGCACCCCGCGGUGUACCCCAAAUCGAAGUCACCUUCGAUAUUGAUGCCAACGGUAUCUUGAAUGUCACCGCCUUGGAACGUUCCACCAACAAGGAAAACAAGAUCACCAUCACCAACGACAAGGGUCGCUUGUCCAAGGAAGAUAUCGAGCGUAUGGUCAACGAGGCUGAGAAAUACCGUAAUGAAGAUGAGAAGCAAAAGGAAACCAUUGCUGCUAAGAACUCCUUGGAAUCCUACUGCUUCAACAUGAAGGCUACUUUGGAUGAAGAAAACUUGAAAUCCAAGAUCAGCGAAGCCGACCGCACCACCAUUAUGGAUAAGUGCAACGAGACCAUUAAAUGGUUGGAUGCCAAUCAAUUGGCCGACAAGGAAGAAUACGAACACCGUCAAAAGGAAUUGGAAGGUGUUUGCAAUCCAAUCAUCACCAAGUUGUACCAAGGUGCUGGUGGUGCUCCCGGUGGCAUGCCCGGCGGUAUGCCCGGUGGCUUCCCUGGCGCUGGUGGUGCUGCUCCUGGUGCUGGUUCCGGUGCCGGUCCCACCAUCGAAGAAGUCGAUUAAGCAAUUCGCUAAUGAGAU